UGAGCAACAACAUACUAAUGUAAAAAACAUUGGUGGACAAAAAUGAAUGAAAAACGUCCAUUUUGGCAAAAAACUCUUGUUAAGAAAAGUGUUUUUAAAUUUUUGAAAUCUUUACACGAGAAUGUAUACGUUAACACAGAAACGUGACUAGCUUUAGGAAAAUGUCUAAAAACCUGUCCUACUGGUUUUAGCAUUUAUUUUUAGUUUUAGUUUAGAGCUGAUCCUUCUUGAGCGUCGUUGUCUUAGCAAAGAAAGAAAUACGAUCAAACUACCCGAAAACAAAUUGACCGUUGUACGAUGAAAUUAAGCAAGACAAACUCCAACUUGCUCUUCACGCUGAUUCUGGUAUUUCACACCAUGUCUGUACAAGCAGAAGUGAGGAUCCUGGCGGUGGGGGUCAGAGGUCAGUCCAGGUUCAUGGCUGCAGAUCUUCUGUCAGGAAGGAGAGACGGAGGACAGGAGGACGGAGAGAUCGUAAAGACUCCAGUAAUUACAGACGAGGCUGGAAGAACGAUGCUGGUCACCGGACCGAACCUCUGUGAGGAGGACGCAGAGAGACAGACCUUCACAACAGCGCUGUUCCUCUCGACUCCUGGACCUCACGCCGUUUUAAUGGUCCUGAAUCUGGAAGAUCAACAAUCAGGACAGUGUGAUGUUAAGAAACGAGCCCAGGAGAUGCUGGGAGCAGAAGUCCUGCAGUACUGCAUUGUUCUUCUGAUCCAAAACCACCAGGAACCUUUCACGGGAGCAUCCAGAGGGAUUAUCAACGCUUGUGGAGGAAGAUUUCACAUCAUAAGAGACUCUGAACCACAAUUUGCCCAAAGAGCAGCCCUUAUAGCAGAAAUAAACAAGUUAGUUUGGCUCAAUGAUCACAGAUUUUACUCAGUAUUGAGACGAGAGUUACCGUUAGAAGAACAGCAAAUCGACAGCAAACUUGGAGAAAAUCUGUUCUCAUCUGUAAUGAGUGAAACUCUAGGACUGGUCGGAUGGAGUCUGAUCAUUUCACUGAUUGCAGUUGUUCUGACGACUGACCAGAGCGACAGCGUUUUAAUUUUUGGGCUAACUUUAGCUGGACUUGUGACAUUUAUGACAUCUUUAAGAAAUGCUCUAAAUUCACAUGUUGUUUUUUCACUAAAUUUUGCUCUGUCCUCCACAGUUGCAGCUGCUUCCAUGAAGUAUCUGCCAAUGAGCACUUCAAAAGAAAAAGAAAAAGGUGAAAUUUUUUUUAUAUUUGUAGGUUUAGGAAUAACCCUUGGAUCUAUCAGUAGCAUAAGGACAUUUUCUGAUGUUUUUCUCGCAUGCUGUGCUGCUGUUGGCGUUACAAUUGGAACUUGUGAAUUUUUUAAACUUUCAUUCGAGCUCCAAAAACUGAAUGUCCAAGAGGUACUCCUGCUUUUCCGGUUUUGUGCAUUGUGUGCUGAACUCUCUGUGUUUUGCGUGGUUGUGUUCAAUGCUCUGUUUGGAGUGAUGCUCACAAUAAGUCUGAUAGUAAUCAUAAUCGCAAUUGUAGCAUUCAAUUUAGAGUCGAACAUGAAGGAAAUAGCAAAUACCUUCCUGUUUUUUCCAUGUGGUUGUGUGAUUAUUGCUUUAGUUGUUCUGAUUUUAGAGAUGUUGUUGGGUUUGCUUAAGAUAUUUGCAGAAUACUUGCUUGGUUCGUUCUUGUUUUAUCCAGCAGUUCUUUUGGGUUUUAUAAUGUUAAAAAAAGAGUCCAGAAAGCCUUUAAUGAAGAUCCAGCAAGAGAGCAGGAGCAGAUUCUCUCGUCUCCUGGACGUCAUGCCAAUUUAAUGGCCCUGAAUCUGGAAAAUAAAGAAUCAAAACUGUGACAUUCUGAAACAGGCUUUUAUUCUGGCAUGAACUUUUUAUUUUUGACAUUUCUAAUGCACUUGAAAUGUUUAUUGUUACAAUAAAAAUCAGUUUAAAUGAAAUGUGACUGUUUGUGUUAAUUUGGGGUUAAAAAUUUGAAAUGGGCUACGCUUUGUAGCAUCUGCAAAAUGUUAACUUUUUUUUACCACAUUAAGAGAGAUCAAACUACAUGCAUGUUG